CAGUAGCCUUACAAAGUGGAAGAAAUAAUGUCCCCUCGGCUGGUUGUUGCAGCUGCAAAGAGACCUCGGGGAGUGGUGGCAGUACCAGCAGUAGUAGUAGUGGGCUCCACGUAGCAGGAUCCGUCGUGUAUAUAUACCUGCGAGAGGCUCGGAACCCCAAAGACUCACCGUCACCCCCUGUGCCUCUCCCGGCGAGCUGGGGUCCGCGAGCUGCUUCUCUGUUGUCGUCGUGACCUUCAGUUUGGUUCUCUCGGUGCCAGUUAACCGCACCCUGCCCGUUCACAUCAUCUCCAGCUGUUAAAGCCCUCUGCAACCGUCCGCCCUCGUGCGUAAUAAGCAAGCUCUUUGAGAUGGAGGUGUCGUCCAGAAACGUUUCGGAGGCUCCAUCAUCCGCUCCUGCAACAAGCAAUCUUUUCCAGGGUUACCAGAUGCAGAUUGGUGAAGGUGAGAGUGCGUUGUCGUGGCAACUGUCGAGUGGGCUAACGUGGAGGAAGAAGAUAUGGCCGAGAGUGGCGUACCCUCGCUCCCUUCACAGAUGGAAUACCGUUGAGGAGAUUUUGAGCUACUUGAUCAGUUUCGAAUCGCACAAGCAGUGGAUUACAACAGAGGUUCCAGUCAAGCCACCAUCAGGAACAAUCCUUUUCUUCAACAGAACUAAGACAAAGAACUACAGGAGUGACGGUUACGACUGGAAGACUAGGAAGAGCAAUCCCUCUAUACGAGAGGACAGAAUGAAGCUGAAAGUCUGCGGAAUGCAGGUCGGCAGCCCCAACCUGUCCCUUUCACUUCCCUUAACACUUAAA